GCGGUGCGUGACUCAUCUCUCGUUCAUUGAGCGGUGGUCCAUUCAGCCGCGCUCGCGCUCAUUACCGCUCCGCCGGCCGGCCCUCACGCACACAGCGCGCCGCUCGCGGACUCUCCACACCGACGCACUGCCUACGACAUGUUGGCUCCCAUCUCUAGAUACAACAUGGAGAACUUAUCGAAAUCGCAUAUUUGGCUGGCGGCUGCAGCCCUCCUGGCGACUUGCGGAGUGUGCGCCGGCGCCGGUGUCGGGAACAGGAAGCCCUUCACCCCGACCGACUCCAUCCUGGACAUCAUCGACACCGAGCAAGUGCAGAGGUUUCUCGCGGAGAGACAGCGAGCUGAACAGGCCACUGCUUCAUCAUCGACGUCUUUUGUGCAGAGAAAUGAACUCGGGGAUGGCAGUUCUGAAACGGGUAUGGUGGUCUCCUUACCGGAGCAAGAAGACACCACAGAAUUACCCCCAGGAGUCGAAUUCAGAAAAAUAUUGAAAUCUUCGAAAAAUGCUUUGGUCGUAACUAAGAAGGAUUAUCUCAAGGAGGAUUGGUGUAAAACGGAGCCUUUGGUUCAGAAAAUCCGAGAACCGGGCUGUCUGCCCACAACAGUGAUAAACAAAUUCUGCUACGGACAGUGCAACUCGUUUUACAUACCGAAGGGCCCGCGGCGACGCGACAACAACGCCGACCGGCCGCAGCCCGCCUUCAAGUCUUGUUCGUUUUGUAGGCCUAAGAAGUUCACCUGGGUGACAGUGACUCUGCGUUGUCCCGGCCAGAACCCGCCGUUCCGGCGCAAGCGGAUACAGAAGGUGAAACAGUGCAAGUGUUUACCGGUCGGAGUGAAUUGACGUUGGCAGUGUGACGGAGCCUGCAGCUAGAGAGGCGGCGCGACCGCCGAGGCUUGCCCGCACUGCUCCCGGGCCGUCCCGCUCCAGGUGACGCUCGGGUCUCAGCCGGCAGCCUGAUAUGCAACCUCGAUACGUUGAUUGCUUUCGAUCACGCUCCAGUGUAUAGACUGUAUGAACUGGUCAAAUAAAUUGAGACGCCGUGCUCUCAUACGUCAAUGCGGAUGACGUAAUGUGAUGCAUAGAUUAGAUGCCUAUUUAGAGUUACAUUGUAAUAGAGCGGCUUCGACUGCAAGUCGUCGAGCAAAAGCUUUAAUUGUUCGUAGCGAAACUAAUUAGCUAGUGUGUUAGAAUAGCGGUGGCCUUCCAAUCGAUUAAGGAUUUGUUUUGGUACAAAACCUGUGAAUGUCCGUUUAUCGAAAAGUGAUUAUUCUGCGAGUUUAAGUUGUGUUCUUGAUGUCAGCAGAAUAAUGUGUGAUACUAGUUUAUAGUUUGACAGUUAAUUGUGUUUCUUUGCGCGUACCGGUGAGUCACGAAAUUGAAACGAGAUUUAGAAGUAGCGACUUAAUUCACGUCACGUCUACGUGUGUUAUUUAUUUAUUUUGUAUCAUAAUAAAGAUAUUGUAGCUAAAACAGAAUACGCUUAUAACUAAGUUGGUAAUUUAAUGUUGAUCGUAGUUUCAUCUUGUUAUCUCGCAAUAAAUAUGAGUAGGUAGUGGUAUACGAUAUGUAUUUAAAUAUAUUUCAAUGCAGUAUAAAGUAACGUUAGGUUUUAUGAUAAUUCGAAACAAAAUUAUGAUCUCUGUUUGCUCUCAAGAAGUUUGCAUUUGUUUAUAUGUGUAUCUGUUAACAUAAUAUACCCAUUUACAUGAUCUGACAUAGGGGUCUGUGCCCACGUAUGCAGCCAUAAGUAUGUACUUACUAUCCUAGAUGUUGUAAUAUUUCGUAGAGGUCUAAAUUAGCCGAGUGCUUAUACAUAAUAUACAGUUGUCACGUACUUACCUUAGAUAUUUAGAGUCGUUGAGAUCGCAGACGGAAGCUAAAACACUGUUAAAUGUAGUAUUGUAUAGACCGAAGUAGACAUUGUGGUAGGUUGUAGAAAUUCUUGCCAUUGUAUUUUACUCGAUAUGUUUUGUACGGAAAUGUAUUAGAGCAUUGCAUGUUCUUACAUGAAUUGAUAGCUAAACCAUUGAUUACCUUUGGCCGUAUAUUCAAUUAAUAUGUAAAGUUAAUGUGUUUAUUAGUAUGUUAGUGGCAUUUGUGUCAAUACGGUACUGUGAUUAGACACAAUACCGUGAAUUUACGAAUUAUUGAUAUUUGAAGACAAUAAUUAUUUUAAAUUGUGUAGUGUCCAAAUUGAUUUUCAAUUCAAUUUCUUUCUCAACUAUUAAUAAGAGACCUCUUUUUUUAUUAAAUUAAUCUAAUAACAGAAAGGAGCGGUAAAUAUUGUAUGUAACUAUUUUACAUGAUGAUUUAUACUGAGUUUCCACGUGUAAUAUUCUUGUAAAAAAUAUCAAAAUAUGUAUAAAAUAAUAUGUAUUCUCAUUCGUUUCUUAUGUCAUUCACAAUAUAAUCACGAGACUCCCAGUGUUUCCAUGUCUUGAUUAAAUAAAACCUGUUAUUCCAUUUGAUAAAGUACAUGAGUACAUGCAACUAUUGCGAGUACUUACUUCAAGCAAUUAUCGACACUAUUACAUGUAUAUAGAGUCUAUAAUUGCAAGCACAUUCGUAUUGCCACGUUGAGAUUGUUUUAUACGGCUGUAAAUUCAUAUCUAUUGACGAUGUUGACUUAUUUUUAUUAUUUAGAACAUAAUAUGAAGAUAAAGUCUGUGUUUCAAAUUGACAAAUUGUUCGUCCAUUUUUUCAGCAAUAAACAAUAGUUCGUUUUGA